AUGAAACAUAUAACUGAGCAACACUUAUCAUCGGAAUUCACCAUAAAUCAACAAUCAUCAUCAGAAUUCCCGACGGAUCAACAAUCGCCAUUAGAAUUCACACCGAAUCCACAAUCACCAUUAGAAUUCACAACAGAUCAACAAUUAUUAUCAACUUCAGUAACAAAGUCGACUCCUAGCAAGACAACGACUAUAGAAAAUAAAGGACGACGUAUUCAAAUUACUAGUACUAUGAUUUUUGUUGUUCUUAUUGGAUAUAUAUCGCAUCUUGAUUUUCAAUACUGUUUUUGA